AUGGCGGAACUGCAGCCUACUGUCGAGGACUGCUACUCGGAUGACAGCGAAGGCGGCUCUAUCCCCUUCCAGGGCCGCCGGUCGCCCAAUGCCGCUAACGUCUCCACCAAGCGCUCGCACCCUUCCGACUUGGAUAAACAAAUGCCGCCCGCGCAGGAGAGGGCGCCGACCAACAUCGACCUUCGCUCCGACUCAGGGUACAGCAGCUACACCACCGCCACCGUCAGCAGCACUAAUUCCGCUCAAAGUGCUCCUCCCCAGCGCAGCCCGCCCCAGGUGCCUGCCGCCGCUGCCCCAGCGCCUCCCCAGCCUGAGGCUCCAAAGGCCCGACGACGCCCGACGGACACGACCGAGAAGACUUCCAAGUCUUCUUCAUCUUCACGACCCAAGCCCAGCGCUCGCACUGCUUCGUCCAAGACUCCCGCCAUCGUCCAACAACAGCCACCUGAACGUAAACGCCGGCCGACCGUUACCCAGGAGUCCCGCCCGGAGCGCAGAGAUCGUCGUGACAGCAGAGUUGAACCGGAUGGUGCCGAGCCUAGACGCACCAAGUACGACCCCAACGCCCCUGCCUCAGCCGUCCGUCGUCGCCCUGACAUACUGCCAUCUCAAUCCGCUCGCGACGUGCGUCCAAUCCCACAAGACACACGCUCAAUGCAUUCUGAUCCCGCUUCCUACCAGCAGGCUCCGCCCUCCCCUACACACUAUCGCCAGGCCUACUACGGACAUGGAGCCGCUGUCAUUCAGCCAGCCGCGACACGUCGUCGCCCGUCAGUAUCGACCACUGGUCGACCGCUAAGCUAUAGCGGUGAGCCCGGGCCUCAGUACUGGGCUCAGGGUGCACCUGGAUAUCCUACCCCGCCCCCAGAGCGUGGACCGCCUCCUUCCAGCUCUGCUCACUACUCGCGAGGCUUCCCAAUGCCUUACAUGGGCCAGAUGGGUCCUCCACAGACGCCCUAUGGAGUGCCACCCGGCUACCCCUCUCAGUUCUAUCAGCCGCCUUACGAUGACGGACAGAGGCCAGGCAUGCCACAGCGCAGCUCUUCUAAUGCCGCACGUCGUGGACCCGCACCGCCUGUCAUUAGCCAGGCUCCGCGCGAGCAGCAGUACUCCACGAGGUACAGCCAGCAUCAGAGCGCCACACACCCUAGGCUUCCAGCCCCGUUGCAACUCAACGAUAGGCCCCACGAGAGCGACGACGAAUCGGAGUCUGAGUUGUCUGAGGAUGACGAGUACUACGGAUCCGACCCUGAGAUCGAUCCCAAUGACCCACGGGCCCAUCGUGCGCUUAUGCCGCCUCCAAAGGCUCCCAAGACCAAGUCGAACACCAAGACCAAGCCCAAGACGAAGAAAUCGGAACGACCUCCCUUGCCUCAUGCUUACACUACCACAACCGUGGAGAAGGUUCGCAACCACCGCCAUUCGAUGUCGACUCCUCCUGUUGUCGUCGACGAGCGCUCCAACCGUCACCGAUCCACCAAAAGCACGAACGAGCCGUCUCGCCGACUGUCAGUUAGCCGACCUCCUCCACCAGCUCAUACACAGACUGAAUACCCUGCACGGCGUGGCUCAGUCUAUGUGGGCGAUAGCACCAAGGCUGAGCGGCGUCGAUCCGCUCACUACGGACAGUCUGCCAGGGAUAAGGAGUAUGCAGAGUUCGUCGCGGAGAGGCAGCAGGAAGAGGCACGCCUCGCAGCCGAAGACCAAGCCCAGAGAGAAGCUAAGGCUGCUAGACGGGCAAGGAAAGCCCUCGAAGAGCGUUAUCAGGCUGAUCAGGCUGCAAGGGCCGAGCAAGAACGCAAACGUGAAAAGCGCAACUCCAAGGUCUACUACCAGCCUCCUGCAGCGUUCGAUGAUAGCGAGUCGGAGUACGAAUCUGACGAACCCGUCGCUCCCGCCGUCCCCGAAGCCCCAAUUGCUCCCCGUCGUCGUCCUACUGAUGCCGGAGGACGCAGACCCAAAGAAGUUCAGGCGAUAGAUUACAUGAACAACCAACGUGGUACGGAUGCCCCGUUGAACGAUCACAUCCAUCGUGCUGCAAAGAGAGCUUCGAGGGUGCCUUCAAUGCCCUCCCAUUCCGGCUCCUCUGGAAGCGAUAGGCAAAGCCAGUCUAACCGCACUGCUGUCACUAGCAACGGUAACAACGAGAUUCGCCUCCGAGUUGAUGCGAACGCCCCACUCAGCCUGCAAUUCAACGGCGACAUGGAGGGUCGCACCAUGCAACUCAUCCCGACCGAGGACGGUAUGGCAGAACUCGUCAUCAGUGGAAGUCGUGACAACGAAAGCAAUUAUCACAGCAGUGAAAGGGGCAGCAACGCAGGUGACGGACAGGCACUUGUAACGCGCAGCCAGCUAGAGGAGAUGACCAAAGGAAGCACGCGCAGCCACCGUAGUAGGCGCGAAAGCCGAGUAGUACGAGAUUCUUACGAGGAUCGGAUUGUUGAGGUUCAGCGACCUUUGCGUCGCCGCGCCAACACCAGUUCGUAUUACAACAACUGA